CCCUCUUAAGAAAUGGAUGGAUCCAAAAACGCAUGUGGCUGGGCGUCUGAUAACCAAGCUCUUGGCCCGCUGAGCCGCUCUCCUUUUCUCUGGAGCGUAAUCAUUUCUUGAACUUCACAUGUAUUCUAGUCCAACAUAGUUUCAAUCACUCUCCUUUGCCUCUUUCCACGUUCUUGCAGCGUAGAUGCGGGCUUCAGUCGCUUCGUGAUAGCCCGCCAUGAUUGCCCGCGGCUUCAGCCCUCGCCUUCUCACAGAUCGCAGGAUCCUCCUCUUCGUUCUCGCCAGCGUUUUCCUGAGUUUCGCAUUCUUCUUCCAUGAUAACUUACAAGACGCGUACGCCGCGCUACCGGCCGAUCUGCGAAUUACGCGACCCUCUACUGGCUUCGCUAUCCCCCCGAAGCACCCAGAGGACCCCGAUAUCGUCGAGCUAGACUACCUUACGUUCCGUCCCCAAAAAUCAGAGCAUGUCAAGUCGUAUUGGAACAUACCUUAUGCUGCGUCUGCUUAUGGCAAGAACCGGUUCCGGGGACCGCAGCCCUUGGGGAAGAAAUAUGAGGGGAUCAUGGAGUGGUCUGGGAAGCUGGGUAUGUGUCCGGUGAUACAGAAGAUCGAUGCAACGUUGCGCAAUAAGGAAGACAUCGCGCCGGAGGAUGUACCUGGCAUCGACGCCGAGCAUACCGAAGAUUGCUUGAGUCUCAACGUCUUUGCGCCCAUCGAUGCGGAGCCCGGGGACGAGCUUCCAGUCUGCGUUGUCAUACCUGGUGGAGGGUUCCACCUGCCGGGUCGCUCGAAUGGCGGGGAUAUGGUGGCAAAGAGUAGAGGAAAGAAGGAUAAAGGGAUUAUUGUGGUAACCAUGUACUACCGCAACGGCAUCUACGGUUUCCUUAGCGGAGAGCAGAUCCAGAAGGACGGCGACUUCAACAACGGUCUUCGAGAUCAGCGGGCAUCUCUGGAAUGGGUGCAGAAAUACAUCCGGUACUUUGGUGGAAACCCGGAUCACGUCGUGGUGAUGGGGACAAGCGCUGGCGGAGCGUCUACAGUGCUGCAGCUUACAGGGAAUGGUGGCGACCACCAUGUCUCGGUCCCUGGAACUGGGAGGAAGCAGCUAUUCCAUGGUGUAAUUGCACAGUCCCCAGCUGCGCCAACAUUCUACACUCCGGAGCAGCAAGAGAAAUUCUGGAAGCAGGUGGCUUUGGGUGUCAACUGCACAGAUCUCUCCAUUGAAUGUGUUCGCAACGCCGCAGUUGGAGACUUGUACUGGCAGAACUACCCGAUGUCCUUCCCGGGCCGCGACACGCCGCCACGAUGGAUGUGGGCUCCGUCUCCGGAGCCAGAAGGAGGGCUAUGGACAGAAUCAGCGACAUCUGCCAUCUUCGGAGGCCGCUACGCAAAAGUGCCGAGCAUCGUCGGCUACACAACGAAUGAAGGUAGCGACCAGGUGAAAAAGGCUACCGACAACGAAGGGGAAUUCAAGUCGUACCUGAAGGACCACUAUCCGCUGCUGACGGAUGAGGACCUUGACUUCUUGGUCAAGCAGUAUCCCAAUGAGCGUCACUGGCCAGAUUCGGGCAGCUGGUGGGACGCGGUUGCGAAGGCCCAAGGCGAUCUCCGCUACAUCUGCCCAACGUACCUGAUCUCGAACGAAAUGGCAAAGCACAACCCUCCAUCCGUCAAAACGUGGCAGUACCAGUGGGACGUCGUAUGGGGUGUAGACAUCGAAAACGGCUACGGCACGAAGCACGCGGCUUCGGUCGGCCAGGUCAUGGCACGACCGGAUAACGAGGUCUCCGACUAUUUCAUCUCAUUCAUCAAGCAUCUAGAUCCCAAUGUGGACAGGACGUCAGACACGGUGAAGUGGGCGCCGCUUGAUAUGGAGAAGCCGAAGAGGCUGUUCUUCACGAAUCGGCAAGUGCGGGAUAAGAUUACGAUCACAAUGGAGAGUCCAGAUGAAGCGAGAGAUGCAAGGUGUCAGGAGGUGAGGCGGCUGAUGCCUCAGCUGCAGCAGUGAGCUGGUUUCUCUUCGACGUAUAUACCCUACUUAGAGACGUAUCGAAUGUAUUUGCACGCUUUGGUAAUCAACGGAGCCCUUCAACACCUUACCUAGCUAUCUUCUCGCGCGAGGGACGGCCCUGCUCCGGAU